AGGAUACGACAGCUCCACAAAACUACUACCCAAAAUAAUAAUGUACAUGUACAUAAGACGUCAAUUCUUACUGCAACAAUUAUACCAUCUCUGAAUAGACGCUUGGAGGGAGCCGCUUCCGCAGCUCCGCCCGCAACUAAUCCUUCCAGGCAUAUCCGCAAGGAGCGGAGCCUCUUGUCAGGAUUGACUCCUGUAGCUCGUUUCAGCGUCGCCACUUCGACGUCAGAAGCUCCUAGCGAUGACUAUAGCUACUCUGUUUGAUCGGGCCUUCAGGGGACACUUGUUAGCCACCGGUGGCUAAGAUCAGUCUUCCCAAGUUCCUACCGGCUGGAUGUUAUAUGGCCAGUACUGAUAAUGGAAAUAUAUUGGAUUUAUGAAACUACUCGGGAGAAUAAUGUUAGUUCAACUUAAUUAGUUUUCAAUUCCAUCCGCCUUCCAAUUCCGGUCUUCCUGCAGAUCCUCUUUUUCUCCGAGGGGAUCCCAGCGAAUAACCUCUCUGCUUCCUGGGUAGCGCGAUAAUAAUUAGGGAGGAUGAAGGGGGCUAGAGGUGGAUCCUUCUGCUUCGACAAGUGCAUGUUACUCGGUGAAGUUUGAUUAUGUUGCACUGGAACUUCAGGCGUUGAUGAUGUGUUGCCUCCCGGCAGCUAUCUAACGAUAAAUAUAUGCAUGUAUAAAAGUCAUGGGUCGCAGGGUUAUUUGGACUCUUGGUUCUUUUUUACUCACUAUCACCCUCCCCUUUUAUCUACACUCUCUUUUCUCCCAAAAGCAGGACUCUUUUUGGCGUAUAUACACAUAUAUAUAUACAUAAGAUAUCCCACUUCGAUACAAAUUUCCUCGAUACCCGCAAAUAUGUCUCUGAUUCCUGACACUGAUCUCAUGCUCUCGCCCAAGGAGGUGCCAAAGGGCGAGAGCAACCAAAAGAAAGAUUACAAAGACAUCCCAAUCCCAUCCAAUCUUCAGAGUGGCAAUGCCAUCGAGGUUCCCGCAUCGAGGAGCUCAAUCAGUGAUGCAGGUCAUCUCAUACACAAUCUGAGCAUAUCGCCAUCGAUGAAGUUUAGGAGAGCGUCCCGAAACUCCUUUGGCACCUCCCUCCCAAUUCCCAGAUCACCCCGAGCUUCAAGAGCAUCCCUGGGUCCAGAUGUCCCUGGUGCCUUGCGAGACAUCCUCGCUUCCCAAGUCCAGGAUCUCUCCAAGGAAAAGGUUAAGGCGGCUAAGAAUAUGGCUUUUGCCUUCGACAUCGACGGUGUGCUUCUCCACGGUGACAAAAUCAUUCCCGAGUCCCGCCGCGUAAUGGAGCUUCUCAAUGGUGAUAACGAGCUCGGAAUUAAAAUCCCCUAUAUCCUGCUCACAAAUGGCGGCGGUAAGACCGAAGUAGACCGCGUAGAGCAAAUAUCUCGCAUCCUCGGCUCCCCCAUCUCUACUGCACAGUUCAUUCAAUCCCACACUCCCAUGCAGGCUCUUGCCGAAUACUAUGAGACCGUCCUAGUUGUUGGCGGCGAGGGUUUCACAACCCGUGCUGCCGCAGAGGCGUACGGCUUUAAGAAUGUCGUCGUCCCUAAGGACAUCGUCGCCUGGGACCCCAGCAUCUCCCCCUGGAGGAACUUUACCGAGGAGGACCGCAAACAGGCCAGACCCCAAGACUUCGACAACGUAACAUUCGAUGCUAUCCUCGUCUUCGCCGACUCGCGUGACUAUGCCACCGAUUUCCAGAUAAUCAUGGACUUGCUCCUUAGUGAGAACGGCCGCCUGCGGACCAAGGCCAAGGACCCACUCGCCAAACAGAUGCCCAUCUACUUCUCACAGGGCGAUAUCAUCUUCCAAGCAGACCACAAGCUUCCCCGAAUGACCCAGGGUCUCUUCCGCAUGGCUCUGGAAACGAUGUACAAGUCACUGACCGGCGGAGAUCUCGAACGAGUGGUCUACGGCAAGCCCGAACUGGCAACCUACAAGUACGCAGAUGAAGUCAUCAUGUCGUGGAUGAAGGAAAUCCACAAUGAGCACAUCCUUCCUGAAAACAUCUACAUGAUUGGUGACAACCCGGCCUCUGACAUCAUUGGUGGGAACAUGUAUGGAUGGAACACCUGCCUGGUCCGGACCGGUGUGUUCAAGGGUAAGGGCAAUGACGAGAACAGUCCAGCCAACUUUGGCGUGUUUGAUACCGUGCUGGAUGCGGUGCAAGCUACUGUGCGCAAGGAGUUAGGCCACGAGUUCAAGCUUCGGUGGAGCGGGAACGAGAAGGUUAAAUCUGCUCUCAAUGGGGAGGGCAAUGUUUCGGCUAUUGAGUAGUCGGAGCUGAUUAAAAAAAAAAGGACUGGAGAAAACGGUUUUUAUAUUGGAAUCAGGUCCCUAAAAGAAUUUUCUGUCAUUUUCUUCCUUUUAUCCUUUUCAUCUUUCCAUUUUAUUUCCCUCUUUGUCUCGUUGUUCUCAACUCUUUUCAUUUUGGGUAUUGGGGCUAUGAUCUGAUUAUGGACGGUUGGGUGUAUUUCAAUGUAUUUCCUUUUUUGCUCAGUCAUGAUAUGAAUGUAUCAACCGUACGGCAUGGCAUGUCAUUAGCAACCUAUUUUCAUGAGAGCUGUAGCUCUUGAUGAGAUGCUUAUGGUUUUACUCUCUACCUUCUUACCCUCUACUUGCUGCCCUUUACAAAAAUUUCGUGAAUUUCGCUGGAAAUCAAACCCCUUCCAAACUUCAGGAGAAAUUACAUUCCAUUCGCCAAUUUAUAAUUCAUACCCUUGCAACAGUUAAUCCGAGUUCUGGCUUGUGACAAUGUAGUCUCAAUACUUUCAAACCAGGUAAGACAGGAGUAUCUGUUAAGUCUUGUUCUUAGAUCAGAAAGCACCAUGCAGUGCUUCGAAGCUGCUACCAGAAAAUUGAGUCCGACCACACUUAUAACAACACGCUAUAUGUGUUUAUGCCAUAGUUAAACACAAGUUAUCUAGUAGAAUAGAUGCCGUGUUGGCAAAAUGGGUUCGCAACCAGGUCCUCGGGUGUACAUUUCAAGGCUAGGGGACGUGAAGGGCAACAGAAUCCAUAUACAGCCUGAAUGAUUGAAUGAUGCAGGGGAUUGGCCAGCACUCGUCUUCGGCGUCUUCUUGGAAGACACUCCAAGUUACAUGAGGUCCAACUACUUUGUCUGCAUCCUGACUGAUUUUUUGACCUGGGCCCUUGUCCUUAAAAGCGUGAUAUGCACUGGCACUGACUCGUGGACCUGUAAUAUUGUGUGUAUAAAUUUGCAAAGGAGAAUGGUGACGGUAUCCAGCAAGACUUGUGCAGAUAUUGCUCGUC